CUGUGCGCAAAUGUCUGCGCACGUUCCAUGGCUCCGAAAGACAAAGAAAAGCAUUCAUUAAUCUGUGGUGCAGCUCCGCGUCCCUGUGAUUGAGGCCCAAACUCAAAGGAAAGGACAUUACUACAUUUUUAGAGUCUUCUGAGCAACCUGAGCAGUUUGUGUAGAUCCAUAUUGCGCAAAGAAAACGCGGUCAUCAGGGGCGCACAGGUGGGUGCGCUCUCUCCAAGGUGCCAACAGAUCUGUCUGCGCAGCUCCACCCGCUCACACAAACUGGCCAUUUGGACCCAUUUAGACCGAAAUCCACUGUUCAGCUCACGUCAACUCUCGGCUUUGCUGUGACCCAUCGUUCCGCGGUGUUUGAUUAGUGCAGUGAGGAUGGAUUUGUAUGCACAGUAGUCUUGGGAAGAGAGGAGGGACAUGGGCGGGGCUGAAGCGCCUCUCAUUUCCCCUCCAUGCUUAGCGGGGCAGCAGGGCUGGAGAGACCUCCGGGGAGCACAGUCGCCAGUCCAGCACGGAGACCCGCCUGGCCAAAAAACCGCGCCUCACACUUGCCAGGAUUGCCAAAUAUUCCUGAAAAAUAUACCUGCUAUUUAUGGCAUGUGGCUUGUAACUUUACUCCUGCUGUACUCUCUCCAAGAAGUACACAGUGAGGAUGUGGGCUCCACCAGGCUGUACUUUGUGAAUGCCUCCCUGCAGAGGGUAACCUACUCCAGCUCGGUGGGGGUGUCCCUGCCCUGUCCAGCAGGGGGCACCCCCAGUGCCAUACUGCGCUGGUACCUGGCCACCGGCGACGACAUCUACGACGUGCCCCACAUCCGGCACGUGCACGCCAAUGGCACCCUGCAACUGUACCCCUUCUCGCCCUCAGCCUACAACAGCUACAUCCACGACAACGACUACUUCUGCACUGCCGAAAACCAAGCUGGCAAGAUCCGCAGCCCCAACAUCCGCAUCAAAGCUGUUUUCAGGGAGCCCUACACUGUGCGGGUGGCGGACCAGCGCUCAAUGCGGAGCAACGUAGCUGUGUUCAAGUGCCUCAUCCCCGCUGCCGUGCAGGAGUACGUCAGCGUCGUGUCCUGGGAGAGAGACACGGUUUCCAUCGUACCAGGUAACAGGUUCUCGCUGACCUCCUUCGGGGCUCUUUACAUCUCUGAUGUUCAGAAGGAGGAUGCCCUCUCCACAUACCGGUGCAUCACCAAACACAAGUACAGCGGCGAGACGCGCCAAAGCAAUGGAGCCAGGCUCUCUGUAAUGGACCCCAACGAGUCCUCGCCCACCAUCCUGGACAGUUUCCAAGCAGGGGAGGUGCACGCAGGCCAGAGUAUCGAGCUCCCCUGCACAGCGGGAGGGUACCCCAGCCCCACCGUGCGCUGGCUGAAAGAUGGUCGCCCGCUGCCCUCGGAUGCCCGCUGGACACGGCGUUUGACGGGGCUGACCAUCAGCGACCUGAGGCAGGAGGACAGUGGCAGCUACGCGUGCGAGGUCACCAACAGUUUUGGCUCAAAGGAGGUGUCUGGACAGCUUCACGUUAUAGAUCCACUACGAGUGACCUUGUCCCCUAAGAAUCUGAAAACUGGCAUCAGCAGCACACUGUUCUUCACAUGCACUGUGGAGGGCUCUCCAGAAUACACCAUCAACUGGUACCGCAACACAGAGUCCAUUGUCCCCGACCAGCACAUCUCCAUCCAGGGACAACACAACGACACCUUGCAGAUCACUGCAGCGCAGAAGUUCCACUCUGGGGCCUACCAGUGCUUCGCCUCCCGAAAGGGCCACACUGCUCAGGACUUUUCCAUUAUUCUGCUCGAGGAUGGUACUCCUCGUAUUGUGUCUUCCUUCAGCGAGCGGGUGGUGAACCCCGGCGAGCCUUUCUCCCUCAUGUGUGGGGCCAAAGGAGCCCCGCCCCCCUCCAUUACCUGGACGCUGGACGACGAGCCCGUGGUGCGAGACUCCACCUACAAGACCAGCCAGUACACCCUGUCCGACGGCCUGACCGUGUCACACGUCAACGUCAGCAGCCCGCUCAUUCGAGAUGGGGGAGUGUAUCGUUGCGUCGCACGCAACUCGGCCGGUAGCGCCGAGUACCAAGCGCGCAUAAACGUAAGAGGUCCACCCCGAAUCAGACCCAUGCGGGACAUCACCGCAGUGGCGGGCAGGAACACCUACAUAACGUGCCGCGUGAUUGGCUACCCGUAUUACUCCAUCAAGUGGCUGAAGGACGGCAUGCAGCUGCCUGAUAAUCAUCGUCAAGUGGUCUUUGAGAAUGGCACCCUGAGGCUGACGGACGUGCAGAAGGGCGCAGACGAGGGCACCUACUUGUGUAGCGUUCUGAUCCAGCCCCAGGUGUCAAUCAACCAGACUGUUCAUGUCACUGUCAAAGUGCCGCCGCUCAUCCAGCCCUUCGAUAUCCCCUCUACCUCAGUGGGGAAGCUCAUGUACAUCGCCUGUGUGGUGUCAUCUGGGGACAUGCCCAUACGCAUCACCUGGCACAAAGACGGCCAGCUCAUCGUGCCAGGCUCCGCCUCUGGAGUCGCAAUAGAGACCAAAGAGUUCAUGAGCUCCCUGCAAAUAUCCAAGGUGACACUGAAGCACAAUGGAAACUACACCUGCAUCGCCAGCAACGCCGCCGCCACCGUCAGCUGGGAACGACAGUUGAUUGUUACUGUGCCACCACGUUUUGUUGUGCAGCCCAACAAUCAAGAUUGUAUCUACGGCAAAGCUGGAGUUCUCAACUGCUCUGUGGAGGGUUACCCACCUCCAAAAGUCAUGUGGAAACAUGCUAAAGGUGUAGGAAACCCUCAGCAGUACCACCCAGUCCCUCUGACUGGCCGAAUCCAGAUCAUGUCAAAUGGCUCUCUGCUCAUCCGACACGUGCUUGAGGACGACCGUGGGUACUACCUCUGUCAGGCCUCCAACGGAGUGGGCUCAGACAUCAGUAAGAGCAUGAUCCUCACUGUCAAGAUUCCUGCCAUGAUCACCAGCCACCCCAACACCACCAUGGCGAGGAAGGGCCAGACCAAGGACCUGAACUGCACAGCGCGUGGCGAGCAGCCCAUCAUCAUCCGAUGGGAGAGAGGAGACACCGUCAUUGACGCUGAGAGAAACCCCCGUUACUCCAUAACCAUCAAUAAGAAGGGCGACGAAGUCAUCUCCACGCUUAAGCUGAACCCAGCCGAGCGAGGAGAUUCUGUCUUUUUCUCCUGCCAUGCCAUCAACUCCUAUGGAGAGGGUCGAGGGCUCAUCCAACUCACUGUGCAAGAACCACCAGAUCCCCCUGAACUGGAAGUGAGGGAGGUGAAGGACAGGAGCAUGAACCUUCGCUGGAUCCAAAGGUUCGAUGGAAACAGCAUCAUCACCAGCUACGACAUCGAGUACAAGAACAAGUCAGAUUCCUGGGAUCACAUGUACACAACCAGGAACAUCUCACCCACCAACAACCAGGCCAACAUUGUCGAGUUGCACCCGGCUUGUGUUUACAGCAUCCGCAUGUACUCCUACAACAAGAUAGGCCGAAGCCUGCCCAGCAAAGAGCUCACAAUCAGUACUGAGGAAGCACCGCCUGAUGGGCCACCGAUGGAAGUAAUCCUCACACCAAUGACAUCGCAGAGCAUACGGGUUACUUGGAGGGCUCCUAAGAAGGAGCUGCAGAACGGGUUGAUCAGAGGCUACCAGAUCGGUUACAGAGAGAACGGUCCAGGCAGCAACGGCCAGUACAGCAUAGUGGAGAUGAAAGCUACAGGAGACAGCGAAGUGUACACCUUGGACAACCUCAAGAAGUUUGCCCAGUACGGGGUUGUGGUCCAGGCCUUCAACAGAGCCGGGACGGGACCCUCCAGUACUGAGAUCAACGCUACCACGUUGGAAGAUGGUAGGAGAGCCAUGGAGAGAAGGAUGGAUGAAAACGAACGUAGAUGGCGAGAGGAGUGUAGACACAACCAUGACAUCCCAUGCCCUCUGUCCCAGGCGCCCAGUGAGUACGAGGCCAACCCAGAGAUGCUCUUCUACCGCAUCACACACCUUACCCGUGGUAAACAAUACCACAUCUGGUCUGCAGCCGUGACAACUGCUGGCCGUGGCAACAUCAGCUCAAAGGUCACAGUGGAGCCUGCUGGGAAAGUCCCGGGUAAGAUCCUUUCCUUUGGGGGAACGGUGACCACACCCUGGAAGAAGGAAGUGCGUCUGCCCUGCAGCUCAGUAGGAGAACCCGCCCCCACAAUUAAAUGGACCAAAGACAGUGAGGACUCUGCCAUUCCGGUGACAGCUGACAGUCAACGGCAGAUCUUAUCCAACGGCACAUUGGUGCUACGUUCAGUCAAAGCGGAGGAUUCUGGGUACUACACCUGCACUGCCACCAACACGCUGGGCUUCGACACCAUCAUAGUCAAUCUGGUGGUGCAAGUUCCUCCUGAUCAGCCUCGCCUGACCGUCUCCACUACCUCCACCUCCUCCAUCACCCUGGCUUGGAUCCCUGGGGACAACGGGGGGAGCUCCAUCAGGGGAUUUGUGCUGCAGUAUUCUGUGGACAACACAGAGGAGUGGAGGGAUGUGUUCAUCAGCUCCAGUGAACGUUCCUUCAGGCUGGACAAUCUGCGCUGUGGAACCUGGUACAAGGUCAAGUUGGCGGCCAAGAACAGCGUGGGCUCAGGGCGCAUCAGUGAGAUCAUUGAGGCAAAGACACAUGGAAGAGAACCAGUGUUCAAUAAGGACCAGCCGCUGCUCACCCACAUCAACUCCACUCAUGCAGGUCUCAACCUGCAGGGCUGGACCAGCGGCGGCUGCCCCAUCACUGACAUGAUGCUGGACUUUAGACCCAAAGGUACCUGGGCCUGGCAGAGCCUCAAGGCCAACUCCACCACUCAGCUCUUCCUCAGUGAGCUGCGUGAGGCCACCUGGUACGAGCUCAAAAUGAAGGCGUGCAACAGUGCUGGGUGUGGCAACCAGAGCUCCCAGUUUGCCACCACUGACUACGAUGGCAGUACAAUCCCUCCCAUCAAAUCAGCUCGUGGAGAAGGGGAUGAUGUGAAGAAGCUGUUCUCCAUCGGCUCUCCGGUCAUCCUCGUCACUCUGGGUGUUGCUUUGCUCUUCAUUAUCCGCAAGAAACGCAAAGAGAAGAGGCUUAAGCGUCUUAGGGAUGCUAAGAGCCUCGCUGAGAUGCUUAUCAGCAAGAACAAUCGCAGCAUAGACACUCCGGUGAAGGGCCCUCCUCAAGGACCAAGGCUCCACAUUGACAUCCCUCGUGUUCAGCUACUCAUUGAGGACAAGGAAGGCAUCAAACAGAUAGGGGAGGACAAGGCAGCGGUGCCAGUGACAGACACGGAGUUCAGCCAAUCAGUGAAUCCGCAGAACUUCUGUACCGGCGUGUCUCUGCACCAUCAAGCCCUUAUCCAGAACUCAGGGCCUUUGAUUGACAUGUCGGACAUCCGCCCAGGCACAAACCCCGUGUCCAGGAAGAGUAUAAAAUCAGCCCACAGCUCCAGGAACAGAUACUCCAGCCAGUGGACCCUCAGCCGACCGAGUCAGAGCCAGUCGACGGCCUCGGCGCGAACUCUGACGUCCGACUGGCGGACGAUGGGCUCUCACGGCAUCACCGCCACCGAGAGUGACAGCUACAGCGCUAGUCUGUCACAAGACACAGAUAAGGGUCGCAACAGUAUGGUGUCGACAGAGAGCGCCUCCUCCACUUAUGAGGAGCUGGCGAGGGCCUACGAGCACGCCAAGCUGGAGGAGCACCUGCAGCAUGCCAAGUUCACCAUCACAGAGUGCUUCAUCUCCGAUAGCUCGUCCGACCAGAUGACCACAGGCACCAACGACCCGGCAGACAGCAUGACCUCCCUCAGCACGCCGUCCGAACCAGGCAUCUGCCGCUUCACUGCCUCACCGCCCAAACCGCAGGACUAUGACCGCGGUAAAAAUGUGGCUGUGCCCAUUCCCCACCGCGCUAACAAAAGUGAAUUCUGCAACCUACCCCUAUACAUGAAGACGGACCCAUUCUUCCGCAAGCAAGGGGAGCUGCAUGACCCGUGCCCAGCUGUGCCACCGCGGGAAGCCUCAAUCCGCAGCCUGACGCAGCGGGCGUAUCACACCCAGGGCCGUCACAAGACUCUAGACCCUGCCAAGCAGCAGGUUCUGACGCUGGGCCAUUCUGGGCUGGCCAGCUUGGGCGCGAGCUCGGGCACCGCCACCUUGCCCCAAAGGACUCUCACCAUGCCCAGCUCCAACACUGCAGCAACUGCUUCCACUUCCAGCACGGGCAGCAACCCCACCAACAGUAACAAGGUGGGGGGCUCCAGAGACUCGCUGCUAGAGAGCAGCUCUUCUGCGCUGGGGAGACUGCAGAAACAGAGUGUGGGGGCCUACUCCAAGUCGUACACACUGGUGUAGUCCGUCCUCCUGCACAGACUUGCAUUGCUAUCGCACUCCUCAGCCAGCCCCCCUCUGGUGCUCUUCGGUCUGGGCCUAGAAAGGGCAUGCAACCAUCUUUCUUUAAACCCAACUAAUGGUGAACUGCCCAGCAUUCUAAUUUUCCUCGGGAUAGGUGUUCUCCCAGACAGAGACCCAGCUAACCCUGCUUUUCAUGUUCACCUGGGACUCUAUAAAAGAAGUACUAACUCCAACUAACAGUUCCAGCCGGCUGGUGCUCUGCUCCGCUCAGUCCUCGCGGAGUCGCACAGCAACAAAAAAAAACAGGAAGUGAUUCUGUGGUCAUUUGAAAAUAUUGACUAUAAUUGAGGAGCUAAAAGCUCUGUGUUUAUGAUGAUGAAGACUACGAUAGCCAGUAUGAAGCUGUGUGGCCAUCCUGUCUCUCAUAUGCACACACAUACUGUCCUCCAUAGUUUGAGUAUUAUUGUCAACUUGCAGGACUUCCAGUUAAGUUCCCUAUUCUUACUGUAUCUUUCACCCUCUAUGUGUCUCUUAAAAGUCCCAAAUAGCUAUUGGCAGAUUUUCUCUUAAUGGUGAUUCCAAAACAAAUGAUUCAGGUUCACUUCCAAGAAGGAUAAAAAUGUCUAUCACAAUAAUAUUCUCCACACAUCUCUCUCCAGCUGAACAGUGUCUAACUUUUUAAACAAAUCACGACAACCCAAAUGAACCAGCUAUAAGUUCUCACAUUACAAAUAGAGAAUAUUUGGUAUUAUAAAGAAUUUACAUAUAUAUUUCUAUGUAGGUAUAUUAUUGACAUUUAAGUGAAAUUAUGACAAAGUAUAAAUUGUAUGUACUACAAUAGUUUAGUAGUAUAUACAGCAAUUUAAUGUUAAUGUCAAAUUCAAGAAUGAGACAAUCGCUCAACCCAAAUUUUAAAAAAAAAAGAAGGUUGGACUAAAGAAAGAAAAAAGUUUAGUAUAUAUACGGGAUGUUCUGUAUGUUGCUGUAUGUAGACCGACUAACAGAAGAGUGUUUCGCUCCUGUGUGGACAGAGAGUGGCCCUUUCCAAGAUGGGGAAAGCAAGAUAUACUUAGUUUUAGUUUCAGUUCCUGAAAAGGCAGGCUGACUGGGUGAACAAAUAAAAACCUACUUUGCUGUGUACGUGUGUUCGGCGGAAACAAUCAUGGCAGAAAGCCUUCCGUCAUAUUAUUUAAGUCUGCUUUUGAGAAUACAGGCUCUUUGACUCUGUUGAGCUUCUCGAAAGCCUGAGCGGUUGGUUAAAAAAAAAAAGAAGAAAUAAGUGUCACAGAAGAUCCACAAAUAAGUUUUAUGUUGGGAGAGUGGUUGCAGACAUGAGUCAUGAUGUCGAAUCACGGCUUCAGUAACACAUCCUACCAACUUCCCAGCCUGCCUUGGUGUCACCCAGCCGAGCUUCGCUCUUCAAGGAAACGUACAAGUAGCUGAAAGAAUCCCAGUCAUGAUGUGAAUGAAGUAAAAUAAUAUAAUGUUGAGCGAUGUUAUAUGUCAGGGAGUUCAGUUUUGAAAAUUAUAUAAUGUUCACUCAAUUGAUAUCUUUGUUGUUGCCCUGUCUGAAUUACUGUAUAUGCCCUGCUUUCUUUAUCUCCAUACCCCUCCAUCUUGCUCUGAUGUACAUUCACACAAGAACCUUUUGGAAUGUCUCCAUGAUAGCGUUUUGUGCUUUAUAUUUAUUUAUCCAUGUACUUUAUUUGUUUGUUCGUUUAGGGGAGGGGGUGUCUGUUGGUCCGUUGAUUUUGAUUCAUGAUAUUCAUUUUAAUUUGUUUGGGGUUUUGUCAAAAUUUUGGUAGUGAGGUAUGUGACCUGUGGCUAAAACCAGUUCAGCCAAGUGAAAUCAGGGACUCGUAGCUCUUUUGGUCACACAAACUUACUGUUGUGUAUAUACUGGACUGGAGUCGGUCUGCAAACCUGAAUCAUUCCGGCUCCCGUCCUUUUCCCCCCCGUUCAGAUAAAUUAAAGUUAAAAUUCACCACCCGGAACAUGCUAGAUCCAUCAUCUCUACCGUUGUCAGUGUUGUUUAUAGAUUAAGUCUUGUACAUAAAAACACAGUUUUGUAUGAAGAGCUAUUUUCGUCAGAAUAAAUCAGGGGACACAUCAGGGUUGAAUGCCCCAAUUUCAAAAUUGAAAUAGUAUCAAAAAUAAAAUAUUUUACUUCUGAAAUGGGCAAAAAACAUUUUUUUCUUUCCCUUUAUGUUUUUGAUACUAAUUUGUUGAAUUUUUAUUCUUUUUUUAAAGGUCUUUUGCUGUUGUCAUUUGUCCUAUUUACUUUUUUUAUUAUCAUUAUUUUGUAUUUUGUUCAUCCUCAAAAAAUCAUUGCAUGCUUGCUAAAAGGGAAAAACUGAAGGAAACAAUGUAUGAAAAUCAAAAACAAAACAAAACAAAAAAAAAAAAAUGUUGAGGGUAUCCCAAACAUUUGUUUGAGUUGCUUGUUAUAGCAAUUGCUUGUGUUCAAAAGUACAUUUUCUAUGAAAAGAAAACAAAAACUAAAAAGAUCAUUCUAACACCUUGUGCAAUAAAGCUAUCUUUCAUACGUCACGGCCUCUGUCAUUCUCAACAGGUUUGUUUGCAUAUCACCUGAAUAUGAAAAAAAAGACAGCUAAAGCAGUUCUCAUGCUGGCAGGACCAUGACGAGAGGAGACAGGACGAGACGGGGUGAAGUGCUUGGAGUAUCACUGGACGACCUGUAGCAGGUUGAUAUUAAUAUAACCAAAAUUAAAUCCAAAAACAGAGUAACGUUUUUGGUGUCGAUACUCAGCUGAUGUUGAGAUUUGAAUUGAGAUUUAAAUAUAAUCUGAAAAUGUAAAUAUUCAUCCGGUAUGAAAAUGGCCAAACCAUUAUGAGAACGAUCUAAUGAGAGCAUACGCUAGUCUGGAUAGAUGUGUAAACGUGUCCAUCAUACUGACUUAAAGUGAACGAGACUUUGUAUGUUUGGAGGCCUCGUUCUGGGCUACAACAUUGUGCUCUCAGAGGACUUCAGGGGAAGACAAGAACCACAUAGAAUAAUCAAGUUAUAAAUUGAACACUAUUGUCAAUAACAAUACUAAUAACUCACAGAAGAUAGCAAAUUCAGGUAAAAUACUCACAAUAUCAAUGAAAAGGGUAUAUGCUACAAUUACACUUAAAUCAAGAGUCAAAUGUGUUGCAUAUUGUUGGGAAAUGUCCCACUUAUCGUUCUCAUAAACUACAUAGUUUAUAAACUCAGGCUGGAGGGUUGCUCAAUUCAUAGUCGUAUAUAUUAACCAUCCACAAGAUGGCGUCAUACUAUUAUAAAGUCUCACCUCUCCACACAGGUCAACAGAUACUGUGUUCUACCAAAAGAGUGCAGUCGAUCAUGACUAACAUGCUGUGAAUAAUGGAUGUUUCUAGGAAUCACCUGCACCACUGCCUAAAU